AUGAGAAAAGCUGUUGAAGUAGAAAAGAAAGUGGGUCUGUUCUUGUACUUCAUUGCUUCAACCGCAAGUUACAGAACACUUUCUAACCUGUUUGGUUUAUCCAGGGGCUUUGUUUGCAUUUGUAUCCGCAAGGUAGCCGCUACAGUGCUGAGAAAUCUUAAGCCAAAGUAUCUGUCAAUUGCUAAAGGAGAUGAACUCGCUCGUAUGAUAGCUAAUUAUAAGGAGAAAUGGGGGUUUUCCAUGUGUGCUGGAGCAAUCGAUGGCACACAUAUACCAGUUUCAACAUCACAGCAAAAUCAUGCAAGCUACAACAACAGGAAAUCGCACCACAGUAUUGUAAUGCAAGCUCUUGCAGACAGUAAUUACCUAUUGCUAUUUUUGUAG